UAUUCGCAGGCUACCGUCUGCCCCUGAACUUGUUGACGGGCCCUCCCGCAAACUCGGUCCCAUGUGCAAUAAUUCUCUCUUUUUGGUUGUCUUCUAUUUGGGUAAGAAUAAAUAAAAUGUUUGUAAAAUAUAUUGAAUUUUGACCAUGAAAAAUUUAUCCGAUUUCUUUUUAAUACAUUGGAUAUGAAACUUUGUUAAACAAUUGUUGAAUUUUCCUUUUACAAUUUUCUCCGAUAGGCUUUUUCGAUAUUUUUACACGUGUUAAAAUUUUAUAAUAACAUGAUGAUUCGGCCAUGUUGUACAUGUGAUAUACGUAAAAUCGUUAGUCAGACUUCAAAUACCAGUGUUGGGAAGAUUCUACAGUUGAAUAUCUCUUGUGCAAGUUAUAUAUGUGUUGUAAAAUAAAGUUUUUGGGUGCAUAUUAACUAUAAAAUGUAAAACUUGAAAUUAGUGAAUAUGCACCACAAAAAAGCUGACCUGUCUCAAAUGUGGUAGUCCAGUGUAGGUAGUAUUCUACAAUAUUAUAAAGCUGCUGUAGUUUCAGGAAAGCCUGCCACACACAAGAGCUCCUGGCUGAGGUAAUGACCUUGUAAGGCUGUUUGUUCAGCCACAUUUUCAUGUAUGGAUGGUUUUUGCAGAGAAAUUAUUUUACUUUGUGAGACGAAUACAAGUCGUUUCACCCCCAAGUCAUUUCGCCCCCAGUUGUUUCGCCCCCAAGUCGAUUCGCCCCAAGUCAUUUCGCCCCCAAGUGGCUAAGUCGAUUCAUCUCAACGUUUCGUUAAGAAUAAACUGUAAAGAAUAAACCAUAGAAAUAAUAGAUAUAUCUAUUAUUAUAUAUCUAUUAUUUCUAUUUGCAAGCUACCGUUACGCAUGCGAUUUGAUUUUUUUCAUCAAUGUUUACGUUUCAAACAUUUUAUAUUGUCUGUUUUAUUCCAUAAAUAUUUGAAGGAUGAGUAUGAUACCGGGAUUGAGUCAUUUUUCUAUUUAUAAUUUGAUAUUCUUUCUUUUUGAAAGAAAUAUUGUUUCGUUCGGCUAUUGUCAAAAACUAAUCACUGUUCCGGGAAUUUUUUGUUCAUCCAUUGUAAACUGAACUAAUCAUCGCGUUGAUCACCGACCUUGUCAAACCUUUUCGCGCUUUUGCUUUCGUUUGAAAUGUUACGUUUUGUCAGUAAUUCUGUAGCCCGCGUGCAGGCCCAAGGGAGCAGGCUCAAGGGAACUUGAUAGUGGGCCUGCAAGCAAGGCCCGGUAUUUUGUACUUUCCGCGUUCGCCCACGAACGCGGCAUUCUGAUUGGCUGUUUGCUGUUAGAUUCUAUAAUUAGAUAAGUGAUUCAUCACAAAGGCUCUCGAUAAGCUUAAAAUUCGAAAAUUGAUCACUUUUUUCGAUUAUAAAUGGAACAAGAACAGACUGUUUAUUAUUUACUUGAAGGAAGAGAUGUUUUUGCCGUUAUGCCAAUGGGGAUUGCUUGUCGUGAGGUGUUGGAAUAGUACUCAUUACGACUGGGGUAAACUAUAGUAACCUUUACUUGAGUUUCAUUAAUUUCAAACAGACUUGAUAUGUUAUAUGUUCCUCAAGAAAAUUAUCUUUUGGUUGAUGUUGAGAUGCAGUUGCAUUUAAGCCUAUUCGAAACACUUUGCGAUUUACAAGGCUUCGCUGAGAGAGCGAAACAGAAGACGGUAUUAAAUUGCCGUUUGAAACGAAACGAUCUGGACUCUGAAUGCUCUCUUCUUUUGUAGAGUUCUUUACCAAAUGAAAUAACUGAAAUAAAUUUCGUACUUUCCGCCGCCAACAAGAAUUGCACACAUGAUCUGAUAAGUGAGACAAUUUAUUUAUAACAAUGGCAACAGUGAAGCACACAUUAUAAAUGCUAAUGUGGUCGCACGACUUCCCUCACGAUUUGAAGUUUGAGACUGGUUUUCUGUUGAAAUUUGUCCUAAUUUGCCUGUUCCGAUUUUAGUUGCAAAUUUGGCAAUUACUGACUGCGUUGCUUGCUUUUUUGGAGUUAAAACGCAGGCAUUUACACAUUGUUUAUGUUCUGAAUAAGCAGAGAAAACCCCGCAACAUUUUAAUGCGAGUUUGUUUGUUAAUAUUUGGGUGCUGUCAUUGGUUCUUUUUUGACAAUUGACGCGCGAAUGGGGUGUGUUAUGAAAAGGGGCGUUUUACAAAAUACCGGGCCUUGCUUGCAGGCCUACUAUCAGUUCCCUUGGGCCUGCACGCGGGCUAGUAAUUCUGUCACUUCAAUAGUGAAUAGGUUUUUGAUUUUUGCGGGUUUGUUGUUUGAUCCAAAUAUGGGCUAGCUUGUUAGUUUGUAAGAGAUAAUUCACUAGCUCACUUGGGGGCGAAACGACUUGGGGCGAAACGACUUGGGGGCGAAAAGACCGGAUACCUGUGAGACCAUGAGAGAAAUAUCCAUUGUAUUUGGUUUGAUAUCUGAGAAACUUGUCAAGAAAGUUACUGCAAUUAGUUUAGCCAAGACCUCUUGUGUAUAGCAUGUUUGGGAACCGGCUGAAAAUGAUUAAAACACGCAAACAUUUACAACCAUAAAUCUCCUCGGGAGGUCAGAACACCUACAUUGGACUACCAUGAUACUAAAAAUAUUGAAAACCUCCCAAAAAUAUUGCUAAACAGACUUCUGUCCACAUCCUUUUUAGUGAUCUAAAUUACACUUUCUACUUCACAAAAGACUUCCAUAGACUACAUAUAGUUCAAUUAUGUUUCAUUCCCUGGUGAUUAUAGCCCACCAAAUCAUCAAAACCAAGCAUUUUUGUCAUCCAAGUUCAUCAAUUUGGCACUCGAAAAAGUACAGGAAAUGGCAUUUCUGGGCCUCAAUUUUUCGUGUUUUCCUGAGGGAGCAUGUCCCCAGACCCCUUAGGUUUGUGGAUGCCUUUCAUAAAUUUUUGCCCCUCCUAAAUUAAUAUACUGGUAGUCUCACAUACACGAAAAUGAGGAUCUAUAGCCAAAGUGACAUACUUUCCAGGAGGUGGGUAUUGAGAUAUUGUACAGUAAUAUCACCCACUUGAGAUUGUGAGAUUUCAUCUGUCAGUGUCUUGACUGCAUUUGAAAAUCCGGAACUAGGAUGGAAAACCAUGAAGAUUUCAUUGUCAUAUUUUAUAGUAAACCAUGGCUGACGAUUGGUCGAUAGAAGAAAGUCAGGUUGUAGUUGGUCCCGAAGUUCAGGAUAUCAAAUUAUUUGGCAAAUGGAGUGCUGAUGAAGUUCAAGUUGGAGAUAUCAGUUUAACAGUUAGUAUUUAUUUAACCCAUUGAGUGGCAGCACUCUCCCCCUGACGAGUAAAAUCCUUUGAUGUUAGAUGGAGUAGAAUAAUAAAGUAGGGUGCAUCUGGGUGCAUUGCCACUUAAAGGGUUAAACUGGAAUCUAUCAGCAAUGAUUUCUGUCCUAUGUGUAGUUGUCAGAAUCUUGAUUCAUCCAAUGGUUCAAUUGUCCUUUGAACACAUCUAGCGCCCCUGGCAAGUACUUCAGGCUAGAAGACUGAAUGAGUACAAACUAUUCCCUGUUCUUGUAGGAUUAUAUUGCGGUCAAGGAGAAGAACUCGGUAUAUCUGCCACAUACUGCUGGUCGAUAUGCUGCUAAGAGAUUCAGGAAGGCGCAAUGCCCCAUUGUGGAACGUCUUACCAACUCCAUGAUGAUGCAUGGCAGAAACAACGGCAAGAAGUUGAUGACAAUCAGAAUUGUGCAACAUUCAUUUGAAAUUAUUCAUCUUCUUACAGGAGAGGCAAGUUAAAUCACAAUUGUUGCAAGAAAAAAAUUUCUUGUCUACAAUUAAACUAAAAAAUUUGUUUUAAACUUUGCAAUCAACAAAAUGAUGAAGGUACAGACAACAGGACUGAGGAGCCCCAAAUUAAGUCCUACCUACACAUUACAUUGACAUUGUAAAACAAUAGAGACAGGGUUACAAACUGUAACAAAGCUACAACACAAAAUUACAUCACAUGAUCAAUGCAUUCCAAACCAUCCUUACACUUUCCAAAGUUAAUGUAAACUAGACAUGGACCACCCAUAUAUUGCAGUCCUUUCUAAGUCAACUACCUCAAGAUGAAGUCAAGAGACCUGAAAAUUACAAAGAAGUUUGGGAAAUGUAAAUAUAUCAACAUUGUACAUCACAGUCACAGAAUACAGUAAAGAUCCUAAACGUGCAUGUGUUCCAAGCUGUCCCUGCCUUUUCCAAAGAUAGGAUUUCAAGAACAUGGACAAUAGAACAGGAAUGACAAUUUUCAUUUAAUUUAACUUUUUUGUUAUGUCUUUCAGAAUCCAUUGCAAGUUCUUGUGAAUGCCAUCAUUAACAGUGGUCCUCGCGAGGACUCUACCCGUAUCGGGAGAGCUGGUACAGUUCGUCGACAGGCUGUUGAUGUUUCUCCUUUGCGUCGUGUCAAUCAGGCUAUCUGGUUGUUGUGCACAGGAGCAAGAGAGGCUUCAUUCAGAAAUAUCAAGUCCAUUGCUGAAUGUUUGGCCGAUGAAUUGAUCAAUGCUGCUAAGGUAUACAUGUGUAUUGUAAUACAAUCUUUGCCAAAGCUUGACAAAGGACAACACAAGAACAACAGCCAAACAAAUUAAUUGGAAUUUAAUUACAUUGUGCUAACUGGAUUUUGGACAUUGAAUUUGAAGAAUCCAGAUUUUGAACAUUGUGCAAUUUUAGGUCAACAUUACUGAAUUUUCACGCAUUUUUUUCCAGUUUUUUGCCUAGAACAGCAUCGGUUGAAUCGAUUUUCAAAAAACAUCUGUUUUUUCGGAUUUAUCAAUUAACCGGUUACCUCACCCUAUUAUUAACCCAUUGAAUGCCAUUGCUUUCCCCUUGAUGAGUGAAAUUGUCUGGCUAUAGACAGAGUAAAACAAUAAAGUAGGGCACAAUGCAACUUAAUGGGUUAACAAGACACACUAUCAGAUCUGUUUGUAAAAAGUUCCGUGAAUUCCCUAAAUUAGGAGCAUCUGAAAUAUGCGAAUAGAAUUUUUCUGAAAUAAGUGUACAUUAAUGCCACCAUCUCCAAAUAUUUAGAAAGUUGCAUUUCUUAAUCAUGAUUCUUUCUCAUUUUAGGGUUCCUCCAAUUCAUACGCCAUUAAGAAGAAAGAUGAGUUGGAAAGAGUGGCCAAAUCUAACCGUUAAUUUCUUUAACGUCAAUGCUCUUUAUUCUAACUGAAUAAAAUUAUAUGAACCUGAUGUUCC